UUUGCUUCAGCUUGUUCAGCAGAGCUUUGCAGAAUUCAGUGACUAAAUCACCCUCACAAGUUAGUUUAUCAAAGGGAAAGGAAGAAGGGUUUUAAAGCUUUCUCGCUGGAAAGGAUGGCAUCAUCAAGUUCUUACAACUCUCCUUGUGCUGCUUGCAAGUUCUUGAGAAGAAAAUGCAUGUCAGGUUGCAUUUUUGCUCCUUAUUUCCCACCAGAAGAGCCUCAAAAGUUUGCCAAUGUGCACAAGAUCUUUGGGGCCAGCAAUGUGACAAAGCUGCUGAAUGAACUUCUGCCUCACCAAAGAGAGGAUGCAGUGAACUCUCUUGCGUAUGAGGCCGAGGCCCGAGUCCGGGACCCGGUCUACGGCUGCGUCGGAGCCAUCUCCUUCCUCCAAAGGCAAGUCCAGAGGCUCCAGAAGGAACUUGACGCUGCGAAUGCCGACCUAAUUCGGUACGCAUGCAACGAGAUACCUAAUGCAGGAGUGAGUCAUGUGGUUCAACCAAGCCCUGGUGCUCGCCCAAGAGCUUUGGAUCAGUAUCAUACAAGUUCAUCAACUGGGUAUUACAGUCAACAUCUUCCUGCUUUUCCCAUGGCUUAUCCACUGCCUUGGAAUGAAAACUCUCCUGGAAAUGACAUCAAUGAAGGAGGAGGGGAUGGCAAUAUUUGAAGAAAUCUUCUCCAAAAAAAA